AAAUUUUGUACUACAUAAUUUGCUCAAGAAAAACUAUGGAUAAUAUGAAUAAAACACGUAGUGCAAAUUAUGAUAGAGUAAUGUCUCGUUUACACAAUCGUUCGCGGUCCACCGUUUUGUCUAGUCCUAGCGUUACGCGCCACCAAAUUCCGUCGUCCAAUAGGGCUGGCGCCAAAGCGUCCUCUUCAAAUUUUAGUUCUGGUGUUUUCAGUGAACUUCCAGUGGUGUUGGAUGAUUAUGUGCCUGAGAAACCAGCGCAGAAGACCGUUGUAGUGAAGCCUAGAAGGACUAUUAAGUCUUUAGAUCCAUCUAAGUCGCCGCAACAAGUGUUGAGGCCGCGUAUUCCUCAAAAGCCAAAGCCGGUAGUGAACUCUCCUUACGUGAGAGGCCGUGGGUCUACUCCUUCGGUUAUCUAUCGCAGUUCAAACAAGUGGUCGGAUGAUCAUUCAAGGGAGUGCUCGUCCAGUAGGUCCCAUACAAGACUUAGGGAUCUUAAAAAUGAAAUUCAAGCUUACCAUGAGAGGGAUAAGCUUAUGAGGCUCCGUAGCCGACUCUAUAAAAGCUGUGGUGUUGUGCUGGAUGAUGUGGGGAAUGUGGCUUCGGAUAAGGCAGUGCAGGCGGAGUCAGCCCCAGAAAUAGGAAAGGAGACAGAAUUAAUAAGAAAGGAACAACGUGUCAGCGGAGAGGAUGCCGGAGCCUCUGUGCCUGACCAACAGAUGAGGUUCGACGAGCCCCGCUAUCCAGUCGAUCGAUAUUUGGUUGAGAGCAGCAAUAAAGUUGAAAUGGAUAACAUCAUAGAAGAUAUUUGGAACCCGGAGCCAACUCUCCGACCAGAGGAUGAAAUCAUUCUUAGAAAGCUCCACGAAAUGCUGCAAUCGACUGCAGAAGAUCUCAAGUUGAUCUCUGGAGAACUGACAAAGCACCACGAACGAGGGGUGCAAAUUAAAACGCUGCCUACACCAUUAGAUGAAGAAUUUAAUGAGAAAGUCCACAUUGAGGAAGUCGUCAAUGCUAAAUUUCACGGGAAUACAAUUAUUGAUAAUUCGCAGUAUUCACCUGCGUUUAAACGUAACGAAAAACCUAACGCGACAAAGACUUCGAUAUGUAAAUCAUUUGUUAAUGCAUGUGUGCAAGUUGAUUCUAUACCAACUAUUAAAAAACCAUCUAACAAUAAAAAACUAGAAAUGUCACGAACUAAAAUUAUGCAAAUAACAGAAAAGAAUCAAGACAAACCUAAAGAAAACCGACUGAAUAAUGUUAAGAUAAAUAAUAGUAUUGCUGCAGUCAAUUAUAGUGAAUAUUCUUUUGAGUAUAUAGAACCCAAAGAAGAUGCUACUAAAAAUAAAUUAAGCAUACAAAAAAUGCCUAGUAUAAAUAUUCGCAGUGAACUAACGGAGCAAAAAGUUUUGCAUUUAGAUAUUUUACCCGAAACUAAAGAAGAUGAUCACUCGUUAACAGCUAAUAGCAAAAUAGCAUUUAUUUCUAUUGAACAUAAGCCUAUGGUAGAUAAUAAACCAUUAACUUCACACGAGCGGCAAAAUCGACACGUUUCUGGUUGUAAAUUUACUCAAGGCAAGACAAGAAAGGUAUCUAGGCUGUCCACAGGUGAUAGUAGUUCUACCAACGUUAGUUCCAUUAGCAAAAAUAUAAUUUGUAAACCUGUUAAAACAACUUUGAAGUCUUCGCCAAAGAGCUACAAGCGAAAGGAUCGUGCUGAAAAAACGAGAAUGACAACUAGUCAUAAACCAUCUGAUAAAAAAACCCAAUCUAAUUUAGAACUUUGGAAGAAGAAAUUAAAUGCUGUCUAUGGGCAAACAUCUAGUUCAAGAAAAAAUAAAACGCCAAUUAAAAAUAAAGUUUCUUCAAAACAGGAAGAUAAUCCCAGCAAAUCACCAAGGAAUCACGUUUUAAAUAACAAACUCGAAUAUAUCCCUUAUUCACAAUUAACAUUAGGUGGUGUAAAAGUGAGUGAUAUUGAAAGGGAAUUAGCUGAUGUACCUGACAAAAAUGAAAUACCAUUGACCCCUUUAUUAGACAAAAUUCUAAGUAGCCGUGAAAACUCGUUAUACGAAAAUAUUCCGAAAAAUAAUAAAUAUAAUGGACAUACUAAGAUCCUUACAACAUCAGAUGAAAAUUUACUACAAGAGGUUAUUGAUAUAGAAAGGUCUGUGUCUAAAACUUUAUCCAAGAACUUGAAAGAAUAUAAUAAAACAGAUUUACAAUUACCUAAGACAAGCAAUAGCUCUAAAGAUGCUGAUAGUUAUGCUGAUGAUUUCGAAGAUGAAAAAUCUGAUAACUCGAAAAAUUCUGCAGUGCAGAAUUCUUCUGAUGGUAUUCUUUCCAUACGCGAAUCUUCAGAUUCCGAAAACAAAGAUAAUGAUGGAGAUGGCAAAAUUUUAAAAGUUAUCCGUGGUAAUGACGAUAACAAAAUAAAAUCUAAAUCAACAGCACACAAUAGAACAUACAUCAAGAAGUCUAAUCUGUCGUUUAAACAUAAAGUUGAUAUCUUUGAAUUUGUCCACUCUGUAGAUACACAAGAUUCUGGAACUCAGAGUACUGCCUUUCAAAAAAUCGCUUUGAAAGAAACCCAAACCUCUCCUAGAAACGAAAAAUCGCAUAUAGAACCUAUACAUAACGACUUGUGGCCCUCUAUAGACUCAAAGGGAGAAGUCGACCAAAUUCUGAAAUUGGAAAAAGAUUUGAUUAAAAAGCUUAUAAUUGACGAAUACGGGGAUUUAUUAGAGAAAAAUAUAACAAAAGCAUCAACGUCUAAAGAAUUAGAAGAUACUCAAAACAACGUGGUUUCGUUUCAGAAAAAUACCCAAACUUCUCCUGCGCACGUCAAAAGCGUGAUGACGUCGCCUACAAGGACCAAAACUAGAACAACCUCACCUUUUACCUUGGCAGGACCCGUAGAUCGCCACACCAGCCCUAUGACAUGUGUAACAAAUGAAGAAGUUCUUAGAUUGGAGAUUGAAAAUGUUGACGAAGAUCUUGGUAUAUCUAUUAACUUGUCUUCGCCAAGGUUCAGCUUGCGGCUGCCACAAAACUCUCGUGAAGUGUUAUCAAAUUUGGAAGAAUCAAAUGAUCAGACCCCAUCUAAAACGAAAACAAAAACCAACAAAACUUUUAGAAAAUACAGUGUGAGUAGUAGUUCUAGUUCAGUAGACGCUGACAACUCAUCAUCAGAUAUCAGCAGUUUAGGCGAGAUCAAAUUGAGGCUCAGAAGACGAUUAAGAAAAUGCAAAGUUUCGUCAAUUUCUGACUCCAGUUCCUCAUCUGUUCUUAGUCAUUGUAGUUCUGGUUUGCAAACUGCAAGUAUUUUGCCUUUAAGAAGUGAAGGUGAAGUCAGUAUAGGGCAAGCUAUGAGAAAAAAAUUAAACAAACGUGAUAGUGAUGGAGAAAUGAGUAUCAGACGACUUAGUUGAUGCUCCUUUAAUAUUAUGCAAAUCAAUUGCUCUGGUGUUAAGUAAAUAGGAUUACUUAAAAAUUGAUUGUUUAAUUUGUUCUUUCGUUUCUCAUUAAGUUCUUCAUUGUUAAAUUUAGAUUUGAAUCAUUCCUAAUGUGCCUUGAAUUGCAUGUUGCAUGUUUAAAGUUAAGAAACUUGUUUCGAAUCAAAUGCGUGUUGCCUUGUUACUCACCGCUAGUACAAAUAGGUUAACGCAAUAUAAUUCGUGAUAUUUUAUUUAAAGUUGAAUAUAGUGUAAAUAGUUGAAUAUAAUGUAAUUGUAAGAUAAUGUUUUAAAAUUAGCGUUUAUUUUUUUAUGUGACUGAAAUAAUAAUAAUUUUAAGUUGA